GUUCCUACCACCCUCUGGAUGGUUAAUUGUGGAAGACGAAAUAUACAAAAAGGGUCAAAAUUCCACUGUCUGUGUUGGGUUCGUUAUUCAAUUCAGUAACUUGCCUGCCUAGGGAAAAAAAUUGGCAGAACCCCCGCCUCCCCCCGUCGGCGUACGAAAAUACUUAUCCCUUGCUGGACCACGAACCUACGAAACGGAAAAAAUAUUAAACCAUACAAACUUCCCGCUCCCUUCGCCCGUCGGCCCCUUCUACCGUAGGCAGAGGGUUGAACUCCAUUCGCUCCUACUGAACUACCUCCAACGCACGGCGCACUAUACGCAUACAUGUACAUAAGUACAUACACACGGACACAGAUAACACAGUCAUUGCUGCUACAACUGCAGACUUAGAAUAUGCCGAGGAGAAAUAGAUGCUCCUUGGUACUAGCUCUGCCACCCCGCCUUCCAUCUUCACGCUCUUCUAGUGCUGGCCUUUCUUCCUCAUCUCGGCCUUUCGACAACCCUCUCCCUCAAUUGCCUGCUCCCUGCACCGCUCCACUUCAACUGCUCCAUCUACCACCUUCCGACAUGAACCCUGUAUCUCAGUCUGUUCCCUGUUUGCCGACGGUAUUUAAGUUAGGGCUCGUAACCCCAGAUACCCCAUCAUUUCCCCUUCGUGGAGACGGAGAGGAGGAAGCACACGACAGCAAGCGGUUACGAAGCUCACAAGCUCAGAAAGAAGGAACAUCACACGCCAUGGAUUCUCAUAUCCCCACACCGACUUUGACAAAUUCACCGGGGUCACCAUUGGAGAUGGAGUACUCUUACGAAGAAUUCGAAAGAUAUUUACCACUUUCCAACUUCCCGACACCACCGCUUUCUGAUCAGUACUCUCCAGAGCUGCCGGCGGGCCUCAAUUUUGAGGAUGUCUUGAAUCCCGAGCUUUAUGGCCCUGCAAGCUACCUCUGCAGUAUGUUGCCGAAGAAUGCAUCCCGCGAAGCUCCCUCGACUCAUCUGCUACAAUCUAUCCUACAACGAGCCAAUGUUGCUAUGGAGGUUGUGGGUUUGGCGAGUUGCAUCUUGGAUUGUUUGUCUGGUCAGUUUGUGCGUCGGUGGAGACAGGAAUAUUGUGCGGCGGAGGGAUCUGCGGAGCGAUGUGAAGUUCUGGCCGUGGCUGCUCUGUGCAUUGCUCUGAAAUUCCUGGAAGAUACUUCGCUAUCCUCUAGGAUGUGGGCUCGCGAUAUUUGUGGUGAUAGAUUCUCACCGAGAAUGCUUAGCAUUACUGAGCGGCUGAUCCUUGGAGAUGUGGGCUUUUCCAUUGCCGGGAUUUGCACAGCUGAGCUGAUCCAGUAUUCUAUCAAUGAGAUGAAACGGCACUCCAAGACUGCUCCGAAAGCUAAAAGACCAUCAUGCCCAACAGCGGCGGAAUCCUCACCUUCCAAGCAGUUCACGAAGACGACGUUUCCUCGGUUGUCCGAGCUGGACUCGUUCGUUAGUGACACUUUGGUUGAUCUGCCAGUCUCUAUUCCUUAGACAACUCUAGCAUAUUACCUGGCGUUGAGCAUUAUUUCAUCUUGCUUUUUCUUUUAUGAUUCUCUUUCUCUCUGCUCUUGAAGUCUGGUGUAUUUGGGUGUUUUGACAUUUCUCAAGAGCUGCAGCGAUUCCAUGCGAUACCUGUUUUGUUUUUGUUUUUUCUUAAUUAAAUCACCACCUUCGUGGUCAUGGUUUACGAAUAAUGCCUAGCAUUUUCAUAGCUUGCGACAUUCCCUUUCAGGACUCUCUUCACUGUUCUUUUUUUUUUUUAUCAGGAAUACCUUACACCCUUGUAAUGUCGUCCUUUUUUUUUGGAGGCCAUAUAUCUUUGUAGUUUCGGCGUUUCACGGUACAGAGGCAUAUACCUUUUUUCUUCUCUGGGUGUGGUAGGAGAGUUGGGUUGGGUGGAUGGAAGGAUGAAUGGAGGUUUCUCCUGCAGGAUAAGCAGAGGACACCAAUGAGAGGCAGGCUUCAGUCAGUCUAGUGGAUACAGUAGAUAGACAAGUAGCUCAGCUGGAAGUUGUCUGACCAAAUA